AUGAGGAUGUGGGGGAUCCCCUCAAAGUGCCCCCAGUGUUCCUCAAAGAUGAACAGCUCCGGGAUUUACCGGAAGCUGGCUCUGGAUAGGAAAGUGAUGACCUUCCUGAAGCCGAGGACCAGCGGGAACAGUUCCUCCUACCUCCAGUCUGUCAUAGCGGAAGGUCACAGCGAGGAGUGGGCACGGCAGACCAUCCGCUACCUGGCUGACUGCGAGCUGCACAAAAAGAUGGCUACAUUUGUCCCCUCUGCAGCCAUAUACCCUCCUCCACCACCCUUCAGGCCCCUUCCACUCGCCCAGUGGUUUGAGACAGUCCACUCCAACGACAUCCUCAGCCACGUGGAGGAGAUGAAGGGUGUGAUCACUUCAACCUAUGGGAGAAUCCUGAAAAUGGACUCCACAAAAAAGCUCAUGGCCACCAUCAGCUCAGCUGAAAUGAAGAGGCACUGCAGGAGGAGGACGCGUGGAGUGGAGGAGAUGCGGAGCAGUAUUUCAGGGCUCCUGGAAUCUGUGUGGGAGCUCACAGACACCACAGGGCUGCGUCUGGUGAGUCAUGACAGCAUGCGCCACGUGUGGGAAGUACAGCAGAAGCACCUGGAGUGCCUCCAAGACCCUGCAGGUGUUGCACUGUACACAAAGGUGGGGACACUCCAGAAGGGCGGCAAGGAGCUGGACAUCCUUAGGUGUGGUAGGGGGUCCUCCUCCCUGGAGAGUUUCCACCGGCACCAGUGUGCUUUCAUUCCAGGCUGGCGGUGCAAUGCGGUGCACAUGCAAAUGUACAUGCUGGAGGGUAUAUCAAGGUGGAACAUGGGCCGGGCCAAGGAGGCAGUAGAUGUGGAGGGGGCCUCCACCCUAAGAAGCUUCGAUGUUCGGUUGAUGUCCCACCUUAACAACCUAAGCCAGCAUGUGCAUGGUUGUGCUCUGGUGCCAGAGUUCACCCUUCCUGGGAAACCUACUGGCGAACGCAUAGCCGUGGAAUAUUUAUUGGAGCAGACCAAUAGAGGCGACCUGCUGGCUCCAUCACAGGCCUCCAUCUCAGAAAUCCCCUUGCCGGUGCUGGAGGAGGAGGAGGAGGAGGAGGAGGAUGAUGCCAUCAGCAUGCCUGCCAUCAGCGUGCCUGCCUUCAGCGUGCCUGCCAUCAGCGUGCCUGCCAUCAGCGUGCCUGCCAUCAGCAUGCCUGCCAUCAGCAUGCCUGCCAUCAGCAUGCCUGCCUCUGUCACAGAGACCAGCCAAUGUGAUUCGAGGGGCGUUCCGGGGUGGGACGCAGUAGAUGCCCUUGCUGCCUACCUACUCGCAUUAAACCGCACCAUAACGGCCUUGUCAGCCAAGGAGGAGGCGGACAUAGUUCGCCUGUACGCGGCUUUACAUGCGAUGGAUCGGAAACCUUCAAGGUACAAAAUAGUAAUUAUUAUUAUUACACCAAAAUUAAACAUACAUUCCAUGGAAUGA